CGACAGGAGUUUCCACGACAGCUGAGUAGCAGCUAAAUGCGUUUUUUCACCUGUAACAUUGCUCCUUUUUCUACUCCUGUGAGGCCAAGUUUGUAAAUGGGAGACAAGAAGAGUCCCACGAGGUAAAAACUUCCGCUUCGUACGCUUGAACGGAGACUUUAGCGGCUCGCUGGCAAACAAGCAGCUCGGUGAAUGGAUGAAGUGUUUUAGUGAAGUGUUCAUGGCGGCUGGCUGCUGGUUUAAUGUGGGCAACAGCCUGUGUAACCUGGAAGCUCCGUCUGCUUCCACUGACCCGCUUCCGAGCAGGAAAUAUCUUCUCAAGUGUCGCCUCUCGCCCUCCGCGGUCGCUUUUAACCUCACAUGUAGUUUCCGGAAACUGUUCUCAUUGUAAAAUUGUCCGUGUGUGUUGUUUUGUUUCUGUGUGAAGGCCAAGCGGCAGUCCAAGCCCUUCGCCGACGAUGGGUACUGGGACUGCAGCGUCUGCACGUUCAGGAACAGCGCCGAGGCGUUCAAGUGCAUGAUGUGUGAUGUCAGAAAAGGGACGUCAACUCGAAAACCACGGCCUGUUUCUCAGCUGGUUGCACAGCAAGUAAAUCAGCAGUUCGCGUCACCAACACAGCCCAAAAAGGAGAAGAAAGAGAAAUCGGAGAAAGACAAAAGUGAAAAAGAAAUGACACUGAAAAAGAAAAGCCAUAAAAAGAUGAGGCCCAGGUUAAAAAACAUCGACAGGAGCAGCGCUCAGCACCUGGAGGUCACAGUUGGAGAUUUGACAGUAGUAAUCACAGACUUUAAGGAGAAAGCCAAACCCACGUCCACUUCAACAAGUGCUGCCUCAGCAGACCAACACAGUCAAAGCGGCUCAAGCUCUGAUAACACUGAACGAGGCGUCUCCAGAUGUUCUUCGCCCCGCGGUGAAGGCUCGUCACUUAACGGAGAGACUCACUAACAUUCAGGCCUUCACGCUCCCAGUCAGCACAACCCCUUCUUCUGCACUCUCAACAGCCUCAACCAGAGAUUAAACUCCAAAAUGCACGUUUUUGUUAAUAUUACCAUAAAUGCCAAUAUGAUAGCACUCGCUUCUCACUCCGGGUUGUAUUUUUCACAGCCUCUCCAUGAUGGUCAGGAAUUCAGGAGUCAGGACGUAUGCUGUACACUCAACACUCAGAGAACUGAUGCAGCAAACUUAUGAUGAACUGAAGAAAGGAACAGUAGCAUUAAAUCCUGGAUGUCGCGUGUUGUGGUAACUUGCGUUUCAACACCUCAGUGUUACGUCAGCAUCACGUUCAGCUGGUCGUUGCUGCACAGAAUACACGAUGCAUUGUGAAAGAAAUGUGAAGAAGUCAUCUCAGAAUUGUAGUUUAUCCUUGAAUUCAUUAUUUGCACUUAAUGGCAUCCUGUGUUCACUGUAGCAUUGUUUUACCAUUAUUUCCACUUUUGCCAUGAUCAGUAAUCUUAGCACUGUCGGUUACUGGCCUUAUCCAGAUCUCAUUUUACGCCAUUGGAUGCAAUAAUUGUUUAACUCUCUAACAUUUGAGGACAAAUAUGGAACAGUUAUUCUAAGUAUGCUUCACCUUCACUUGGUAGAGUUGAGCAUGAUUUAAUCUAUAGAAUGGUUUAUAUUGUAAAAUAAAGUUGAAUAAAAUAAGAUGUAGAUACAUGAA